AUGUCACAGCAGUCGCUGGUCCUGAUUAUGCUAUCCUGGUAUCAUUACCAAGCAUCCCUCCAGGACUUAUCCAUCAAGUGCUGUCAAUUAACACGUCCCAGCUUGGACAAAGGACUAAAAGAGUGCCGGAGAUCUCUUAACUUGCCUAAUCACCGGAAAUUCAACUUUGCCGAGCUCUACACGAUCAAUAUGUGCAUCGAGGAGUGCAAUUACAUCAGUUCCGGCUACAUUGAAGUCGAUCCUCCUUACCGCUUAGAUCUGGCCAACAUCCGCCUCAACCUGAAGACCUUCUUGCCCCAGCCGCAACUGGAGUCCCUACCCUUUAUGGUGGAUGCGUACAACAAGUGCGAGGUGUUCCGAUCGCUGCACGGCGGACGCUUCACGCUCCACCUGCCCGAUAUCGAGUUCAUCGAGGAGCCCUGCAACCCCUUCGCGCAGCAGCUCACCAUCUGCGUGCGGAUCCAUGCCAUGCAAAAGUGUCCAGGCCAGUUCUACGUGAACAGCGCGGAGUGUCGAUUGGCCAGGGAUUACUUCACCCAGUGCGUGGGGGAUAUCGAGGCGAAUCUUGCAUAG